GCCUGAUCGGAAGUGUAGUUCUUCUUCCGCAGCCUCUUUCAUGCUGAGCCUGUCAUUUCGACCACACGGACUACAACCUGUAUUGAUCCUGACUGAGAACCAUGGGGCCGACAGGUGAGGUGGUGUUCGGCAGCCCGGUGCCGGUCUCCUCUGAGAACCGUCUCCGCUGGGACCUGGGCCCGGAUCAGAUCCUCCAGCUGUCGGAGGAGCUCAUCUCCAGCACCAAGAAGGUUUACGACCAGGUCGGAGCUGUGGACCUGGACGCCGUCUCCGUGGACAACACCCUGAAAACACUGGCUGACGUGGAGGUGGAGUACACGGUCCAGAGGAACAUGUUGGACUUCCCGCAGCACGUGUCGUCCUGUAAGGACGUGCGAGCGGCGAGCACCGAGGCUGACAAGCGUCUGUCCGAGUUUGACGUGGAGAUGAGCAUGAGGGAGGACGUCUACCAGAGGAUUGUCGCUCUGGAGAAGAAGAUUGAUGCUGGAAGCCUGAGCUCGGAGUCGAAGCGCUACAUGGAGCGACUGAUCAAACUGGGGCGGAGGAACGGCCUCCACCUCCCCAAGGAGACGCAGGAGGAGAUCAAGAGCAUCAAGAAGAAGCUCAGCAACCUGUCCAUCGAUUUCAACAAGAACCUGAACGAGGACACCACCACCCUGAGCUUCACCAGAGACCAGCUGGGUGGCCUCCCGGAGGAUUUCCUCAGCUCCCUGGAGAAGGACGGAGAGAAGCUGAAGGUGACCCUGAAGUAUCCUCACUACUUCCCCACCAUGAAGAAAUGCUUCGUCCCAGAGACUCGACGGAAACUGGAGGAGGCCUUUAACUCCCGCUGCAAGGAGGAAAACUCGAGGAUCCUGAAGGAGCUGGUGCAGCUUCGGGCCCAGAAGAGUUCCCUCCUGGGUUUCUCCACCCACGCAGACUUCGUCCUGGAGAUGAACAUGGCCAAGUCCGGCAAGAUGGUGGCCGGCUUCCUGGAGGAGCUGUCCCGUAAGCUGAAGCCUCUGGGGGAAGAAGAGCGAGCCGUCAUCCUGCGGCUGAAGGAGAAGGAGUGCCAGAGCAGAGGUUUUCCUUUUGAUGGACAGCUUCACGCCUGGGACACGCGCUACUUCAUGACUCAGGUGGAGGAGACCCAGUACGCUGUGGACCAGAACCAGCUGAAGGAGUUCUUCCCCAUGGAGGUGGUGACCCAGGGUCUCCUGGACAUCUACCAGGACCUGCUGGGUCUGACCUUCGACCUGGUGGAGGGGGCUCCGGUCUGGCACCCUGACGUGGUCCUGUACGGCGUGAAGGACCGAAGCAGCGGCCGGACGGUCGGCCAGUUCUACCUGGACCUCUACCCCCGGGAGGGGAAGUAUGGCCACGCCGCCUGCUUCGGCCUCCAGCCCGGCUGCCUCCUCCCUGACGGCUCGCGCCAGAUGUCGGUGGCGGCCAUGGUGGCCAACUUCUCCAAACCCACGGCCGACGCUCCGUCGCUGCUGCAGCACGACGAGGUGGAGACGUACUUCCACGAGUUCGGCCACGUCAUGCACCAGCUCUGCGCCGAGGCCGACUACGCCAUGUUCAGCGGGACUCAUGUGGAGCGGGACUUCGUGGAGGCGCCGUCCCAGAUGCUGGAGAACUGGGUCUGGGAGAAGGAGCCUCUGAAGAGGAUGUCCAAGCACUACAAGAGCGGCAGCGCCAUCCCCGACGACCUGCUCGACAAACUCAUCAAGUCCCGGCUCGCCAACACCGGCCUCUUCAACCUGAGGCAGAUCGUUCUGGCCAAAGUGGAUCAAGCUCUUCACACCAGGACCGGAGUUGACCCGGCGGAGGAGUAUGGACGUCUCUGCCAGGACAUCCUGGGAAUCCCAGCGUCCUCAGGAACCAACAUGCCCGCGACCUUUGGCCACUUGGCCGGCGGCUACGAUGCUCAGUACUACGGUUACCUGUGGAGCGAGGUCUUCUCCAUGGACAUGUUCUACGCUCGCUUCAAACAGGAGGGAAUCAUGAACCCUAAGGUGGGUCUGGACUACAGGAAGUUCAUCCUGCGUCCCGGCGGCUCUGAGGACGCCUCUGAGAUGCUGAGGAAGUUUCUUGGCCGGGAACCCAAACAGGAAGCGUUCCUGCUGAGUAAAGGACUGACGGUGGAGCUGGACGCCAGCACCCCGUGUCCCUGCUGACCGACUCUGACCGACUCACACAUGGACUGAGGUUUUCUAGAAAACUACAAAACGUUACAGACAUGGGGGGGAACCUGGCUCCUGAAUAAAAUGAUCUGAGGUGAAUGAUGGAGUGUCUGAAAAAUUGUCAAUAAAGCUACAACAGACUUGGACCAGCCCUGUUCCUUUCAAAAUAAAAGAGUUGUCUCCAACAGUA